UAAACCUACUGCUCCCAUUCUAACGAAUCCCAACUAAUAUUCCUCCAUUCUACUUUGUGGAUCGUGACAGCAUCAUAAGAAGGCUGGCGGGGAGGAGGGUCAGCACGGCCUUUUCUCUCGGGUUCUCACAGAGGACAGAGCUACGCUACACACCUUUUCUCUCGUAGGCUGUCUCGCAAGUUACGUUAGCCAACGCCCGAAACGCUCGCCGUGGAUAGGAUGCGGCGGCCGGCCAUGGGAAGGGCAAUGGCGCCGGUCCUCGUGCUGGCGGUCCUGGCCGUCGCGGCGGCCACGGCGCCCGGGGCUGUUGACGGGGAUGUCAAGUGCGCUGAGUGCGGCACGGGCACGGUGCCGGUGCUCCCGCCUCCGCCGCCGUACUACUACUACAGCCCUCCACCUCCGGCGUCCUACCCCGGUGUGUCCAACUGCCCGCCGCCGCCAGGAGGGUACAUCCAGAUCGGAGGCUCGGCGCCUGGCAAGGGGCGUAUGUACCCGCAGGACCCCGGGUUCAUGCCAUCCAGCGCGCCGCGCACCGUCCACUUCACGGUAUGCUCGUUUGCGGCGUUGGCGGUUCUACGGAUCUUUUGGUGAUCGAUCUGCAGCAAUUGCGCUUGCGCUUGCGCGGCCAUCAUCUCCGUUACGUCUCGCGACGGGAGGACAGAGGCAUGCCGGCGUUCCAUGGAUUUCCUGUGUAUGCAUUCACCUUGUAAUAGUUCUUACUGGUCAUAUGUUUUGUAGUUCUUGCAAUGCAUCAAGCUCUUCUCUUUUUCUUUUUCAAUUUUGUUUCUUGUUACACAACUUUUACUUGUAACAAAUUAGUUGCAAAUUAAUGGAACUAGCAGGUCAUGGUGGGUA